AAAAGAAAACUUGAGCUGGUGAGGUUAAUAAGGCUAAGAAAAUUUUAAAUGAAACAUUGACUUGAUUGAAGGUUUACACACCAUGGUACAAGCGAUAUUUUUAUACCAGUUAAGAAUUAUUUAAAGAUUCAAUUCCAACGAAAAUCGCGGGAUGCAUACUACGCUCUCUAAAGCCAGACGGAAAGUAAUAUUCAUCUUCUCAAAACUAUAAUUUUAAUGCGAUUUACCUUUAGCGAACCUUAGCUCAGAGUCAUUUUUUUAUUUCACUCUUGUUGUAUCCUAAGUUAGGAAGUGUAAGCGGCACGAGAGAUGAAUGCAAAUUUAACUUCGAUUGAUGUUUAUAUUUGAAUGUUCAUGACGCAUUGCUUCGGGGCAGGAGGCUCAUUGCUGAGUCAUGACUGCACUACAUGAAAUGAAUUCAAAUUUCUAUUGUAACGCAGUGAACGGUAUUGUGGUGGUCGAGAGAAAAAAAUUAAUUAUAACACGAAGCUUAUGCUGGCACUAUCAUUUGGACCAUUUUUGACUUUUCGUUUUUGAGGACUAUAGGAAAUCCGAUAACGAUCCAAAGAAAUUUUCACUUUUCAAACGGUCGAGAAAGAAUUUAUCACAACGCUCAAAGCAGCCGGAAAAUAAAACGAAGCCAAUCGAGGUUAAAACGACAAAAUCAGGGGAAGGAGAGAAGGAGGCGACUGAGUGUGGUCAAAGCGUCCAAUGCGCCUGUACAUCUCAUUAUCAGGAUCAGUGGGACUCAUUCGUUUGUCUCUAAUUGGAUGAAGAGUCGAGCUAAUAUAACUGAGAGUAAAAUUCAAACUAAGUGCAAUUAUGAGUCAGCAUUAAGUCAGAGAACGACAAAAAAAUUAAUUAUCAAUUCCAAACAAAAAAUGGCAUCGAUUCCUCACACUGUUCUGACAUCUGACAAAGUUAAUCCAGCAGAAGAAAUCUCAAAAGAUGGCCUCUAUCAGCCGUGCGAUGUUACUUUGGUGGUCAAAGAUGGCGAGUUCAAAGCUCACAGAAAAGCUCUUUCGGAGGCGAGUCCUUUCUUUGAAAAGCUGCUGAAUAGCGACAUGAAGGAGUCCAAAGAAGGAGUGGUUCGCUUAGAGAUGUUUACCGAAUCUGUUAUGAGAAACACAUUGGAGUUUAUUUACACCGGUAAUGUACAGAUACUGGAUGAAGAUGAUGCCAGAGACUUGGUUGUAAUGGCAGAUUAUUUGUUUGUUCAAAAGCUGAAGACCCUAGCUACGCAGAUUCUGGUACAGAAAUUGAAUACUUCAAAUUGUAUUUCAAUCCUCCGUUUUGCUUGCGAAUAUCACUGUGAGGAACUUUUAUGCAAGACCAAAAAAUCAAUCCUUGCAAAUUUCAAUGUAUUGCUCUCUACGAAGUGUGAAGAUGUUUUGAAAAUGUCGAGAGAGGAACUUGCAAUGUUGAUUUCAAGCGAUGAGCUACAUGUUAGCGCCGAGGAAGAUGUGCUAAAUACCAUUCUAGCCUGGAUUAAUCACGACAAAAACAAACGAAAACAUCAUUUUCCCGAGUUAUUUCGUUACGUUCGACUGGUUUACAUAUCGCAUGACUUUCUAUUCAGUGAUGUCGUGACAAAUGAUUUGGUAAGAGACAAUGAAGACUGUAUCGAGCUCGUGGAAAAGGCUGUCGAGUUAAUUGACUAUAAAAGUUUCGAUACUCUUCGUCACAAGCCCAGAAAGUCUCUUGAGACCCCUGUUAUGGUCACCUACUCUAGGAAAGGAGAUUAUUUCACGAUUGUCGGUUAUUUUCCUCGUGAGGAUCGGUGGUGCAAGUUUGAUGAAAUUCCAGUAUACUUAAUCAACUGGAAACGUGUUUUCUUCCUUCGUGAUAACUUGUAUAUUAAAAAAAGAGUCGAGCUAGUCCCGUAUCAUCAUGAAUCCUGGAGACUUGAUGUCACAUGGUAUAAUCUACACUCAAAGGCUUGGAACUCGAUGCCAUCUGUAGAAAACAGAGAUUUACUUGAACUUUUUGUUUAUGAGGAUGAAAUGUACGCUUUGUUCUCAAAAGAGAAGGUAAUAGAUUCCUUCGUUUGUAACUUGUACAGACCGUUCCUUUACAAAAAAGACCGCAUCGUUCUUGCGAAAUAUAAACCAGAUUCCGACUCAUGGGAAGACAUAUUAUCGACUGAUUAUUUGGAUUGGAGAAGCCGUUUUAGUAUUGUGGUCCACGAUAGUUUUAUCUAUUUCGUUAGUGGUAAGGUGUGGUCUGGAAUGUAUCAAAGCAAGCUCGUGAAUGAUGUUGAUAGGUAUGAUCUUCGCAGAAAACAGUGGAACAAACUGGCGGACAUCCAAGUAGCGAGAGAGAGGGCUUGUGGUGCAGCGGUAAACAGAAAAAUAUUCAUUGCCGGAACCCAGAGUGAUAUGCCUAACGUAAUUCAACUCACGUGUGAAAUGUACAGUGAAGAAACCAACGAAUGGCAGCUGAUUAAAAGCUUCAACAGAUGGACCUCAUUUCAAGGCCUGUUGGCCAUCGAUGAUGAGUUGUAUGUUCUGGAAGAAGACGUUGUGAGCCGGAAUACUUUUACAAAAUUAUCAGUCGCAUGUUACAACGCUGAAAGCAAUGUAUGGCAACUGAAAACGGAGCUGAAAGUUACCGGAGAGAUGGACGUUCACUUGGGUGGCUCAAUGACAGUAUUCCAAGGUUUUCUUAGUCCAUCACAGAACAUAUUGUGUAACAAAAGAAAAAAACGAAAAUGCUCUAUCAUGUAAAUACAUCUAAUGCAAUAAAUUUCAAGUUAAAUAUUCA